ACAAGAUGACGCUGACUCCUCUGGUGUGUGGCCUGCUGCUGGCCGGACCACUGCUGCUGGUUCAGGCCAGGGGCCGCAACGACCCAGCACGGCUGGUUCGGGGCCAGGAGGAAUGGCCUGAACAUGUCGGCUGCCCCACCGGCUACGUCGUCGACAUGCGGCCUAAGGCGCAGAAGCAGUUCCGUCCAGGUUACAUCAUCUGCGCUAAGGGCAACUACCGAAACUGUGUCCUCGGCACCAAGUGGUUCAUGCUCGACGGCAAGUCCUGCCUCGAGUGCAAGUGCCACGACGGCAACACGGGCGACUGCAACGAGGUGCAGCCCUGCCCGCCACCGAAGCCCCGCUUCCCGACGCACCACCACUACAACUGCAGGAAAAGAGACCGCAAGGUGUGCCCCAGCGAGAAGUGCACGUUCCUGUCCCGAGAGCCCCGCUGUGUCAACUGCGACUGCGACGGCGUAGCUCUCUGAGCCUGCGACUGGGCUGUGGACCGCCGAGGUCAGGCGGCCGACACCUGACCCAGCGCGGGCGCUGGCACCCGGCACUGCCUCGUGAAGUGCCGGCUGGCGGGCGGGGCAGCCUGCUGGCAGGCAGGGCAGCCUGUUGAAAUGAUGCGCGGUGCGCCUUGAUGACGGGCUGGUGGUGGACCCGUGGGGUAUGGUUUUGUACGGUUUUUCUUUGUCUCGAUGUGGGAGUGCAAGCACGAUUUUGUUUAUGUUUCAUUUGUAGGAGACGUUCAUUUACUGAGCCUGAAAAAGUGGAGGCGUUUGUGUGCCGACUAAAACGUAAAUCGGUUACGAAUUGAGACGUGUCACAUUCAGAGAGUGCAGCAAAGCCUAGGCUUUCGUUUUGUUACGGAAUGUUAUGCGUUACUUCGUGUGACUGUUGACGUAUAUGAAUAAGAAAUACACCUGUACAUGGACGUGCAGGCACGUACAUGGACCAGCUGACCGGAA